UAUAUAUGCAAGACGAUACUGAUCAGGUGUUAAACCAAACAAUAGAGAAGCAGAAAUUAAGUUGGUCUCUUGUGUAUAUGGAGUUUCAAGAGAAGAAGCAAAUCAUCCUGUGCCUGUCCUUUGUGACCUUGUUUGGCCUCCUAGGUCUCUUGUGUGCUGAAAUUGAUGGCAGUCCCAAUAUUGUUGUGGAAGAGGUUCAUGUUGGUGUGAUUCUUGAUAUGGGGUCAAGGGAAGGAAAGAUUAUUCUCAGCUGCAUUUCAACAUCCCUGUCUGAUUUCUACCAUCUGCAUAAUAACUACAGCACAAGAGUAAUUCUGCACACCAGAGAUUCCAAAGGAAAAGCUCUGCAUGCUCUAUCAGCUGCUCUAAAUCUUUUGGAUAAGAUCAAAGUGGAAGCAAUAAUUGGUGCACAAACAAGAAUGGAAGCAAACCUAUUGGCAGAGUUAGGAGAAGAAGCUAAAGUCCCUGUAUUGUCACUUUCUGGACUUCGUACUAGUCCUUUCGGUGCUCCUGGCGAAUAUCCCUUCUUUGUGGAGAUUACACAAGAUGAAACUUCUCAAGUUACGGCAAUCAGUGGCCUUAUUGAAAUGUUCAAAUGGAGGGCUGUCAUCCUUCUAUAUGAGAACACAGAUUAUGGGAGAGACAUCAUUCCAUUUUUUAUCAACUCCAUUGAAGAAGCAAAUGUGACUAUUGUAUAUAAAAGUUGCAUUGCUGCCUCCUCAGCAGAUGAACAGAUCAUUGAAGAGCUCCGCAACCUCACAAAGUUGAAGACGACGGUAUUUGUGGUGCAUGUAUCACAUUUUCUUGUUCCUCGCCUUUUCUUGAAUGCAAAAAAGUUAGGCCUACUGAGUGAAGGGUAUGCUUGGAUCAUGACAUCAACUAGCAUGAAUUUCUUGCAUUCUUCCAUGGACCCAUCUGUAAUUGACAAGUACACGUGUCAGCACAUCAUACUGUUAUCAGAUCCUAAAAUAGUAGUAAAUGCGGUAACCCCAGAUGGAAUUUGGGCAUAUAAUGCAACUUGGACUCUAGCUGAAGCAGUUGAGAGGACCUGGACUUCUACAGGAUUGAACCUAGUGAAUUUAAACAAUAUUACAUCCUCCAAACAUGGACUUCUGCUUCUUCAAGAGAUAUUGCAAACAAGGUUUAAGGGUUUAAGCGGUGAAGAAAUUCAAUAUCCAAAUGGGAAGCUAGUUUCAACUGCAAUUGAGAUUGUGAAUGUUAUAGGAAAAGGGGAAAGAAGGGUUGGAUUGUGGCCAUGUGAAGAAAAACACACAAGAGAUUCCUACCCACUUAAUAACAGAAGAAAUUUACUUUCUACCAACAAUCUCGAAACAAUCAUAUGGCCUGGAGGAUCAUCAACCAUCCCAAGAGGUUCAAAGAUGCAAUUGAGUAAUAGUUCCAAAAUAAAACUAAGAGUUGGAGUUCCAGUGAGAAUAGGGUUCAACGAACUUGUGCAUAUGAAACAUGAUAAUCAAACCAAUCGAACAUAUUUCUCUGGCUUCUGCAUCGACGUAUUCGAGACUGCAAUUAGAGCAUUGCCGUAUGAAGUAAAUUAUACCUUCAUUCCAUUUCCGGUUGGCAUUAAUGAAAGUUACAAUGAUCUUGUUUACCAAGUUUUUCUCCAGACAUUCGAUGCUGUUGUUGGGGAUACCACGAUCACAUCGGAGAGAUCUCAGAAUGUGUGUUUUACAAUACCAUAUACUGACUUAGGUGUGGGGAUGCUAGUAUCAAAUGAAAAUAAAGGCAUGUGGUUUUUCUUGAAACCUCUUUCGGCAGAUCUUUGGAUCACAAGUGCGGUUUUCUUUAUCUUGACCGGUUUCGUUGUGUGGGUAAUUGAGCGUCCUGUCAACCCAGAAUUCCAAGGCGCACCUUCGCAGCAAAUCGGAACCAUAUUAUGCUUUGCCUUCUCAACCCUUGUGUAUGCUCAUAGGGAGAAGUUGUUAAACAAUUUAGCAAAGUUUGUAGUGAUCGUAUGGGGUUUUGCUGUGCUUAUAUUCACUUCCAGUUACACAGCAACUCUGACAUCAAUUAUGACAGUUAACCAAAUACAAUUAAACUCAAGAGGAAAUAUAGGUUACCAUUCAUUAAUCAGUCGGCAAGGGGUCGACAUAAAAUUCAAACGUUCUUAUAAGACGGUUGAAGAAUAUGCUCUCGCUUUAUCAAGAGGAAGUAAGCAUGGUGGUGUCUCUGCUAUCGUUGACGAGGUUCCGUACAUUAAGAUCUUCCUUGGACACUAUCCUACUGGCUACUCCAUGAUUAAACCCGAAUCUACCACCAAUGGUUUUGGCUUUGUUUUCCCUAAAGGUUCGAAAUUGGUCCAUGAUAUUUCAAUGCAAAUUCAAGGAAUGAGAGAAGAGGGAAAGCUUAUAGAGAUGGAGAAGGUUUUCCCUAAAGGUUCGAAAUUGGUUCACGACAUGUCAAGACAAAUAGAACAUAUGAGAGAAGAAGGAAAGCUUAUAGAGAUGGAAAAGACCUGGUCUCUUAGAAAAACAACUCUUAUGUCUGAGGAAGCUACUACCACAGGUCCCAGUACUCUUGACCUCUAUAGCUUUCGUGGUUUAUUCCUCGUUACUGGGAUUUCUUCAGCUUUUGCUCUCUUCUUGUUCUUAAUUUUCUCCACAACAUUUAGAAAUCUGAUUAGAAAGCAACUGCAAUUGAUUGGAAGACAACUGCAGCGUUUAAGGAUGUAG